AUGAAGCCCGUCAUCUUGGCUCUCCCAGAUUGCAUAUACCCUCGCCGCCCGCACCUUGGGCCACGCUCGAACGUCUCGACAUUCGUGUUCGUCGCCGUCGCCGUCGCCGUCGCCGUCGCCGUCAACCCACAACCCACAACCCACAGCUGGAGCUCAGUCAUGGCCGCCAUGUUCCGCGACUUCUCCUUCGACCCGGCUUCGCCACCAGCAUACGAUGCAUACGAAGCUGAUCGCGCUGCGAUGAACGUCUCGCCGACAUCCAAGCCCAGUCGCCGCGAUUUCCACCUCAACCGCCCACCGACGCCGCCCUGCUCGAUGGGAGAUUUGGCCUCGCAGCUCAACCAGCAGAGUCUGCGCAUCAACACGCAGGUGCACGACGCAUCCUACUCUGGCCCACUCACGCCGCCAAGCGAUGACGAUUGCGCCAUCGCUGUCCGGCAUGCCCCAGCCGCGCCCCGGCCAACGUAUUCGCGCGUCUCUGCAUCGCUCCUCCGCAUGCAGCGCCAGUCCAACUCGCGAAUGCAAUGCAGCGCGUCGCACGUACGCGACAUUUCACGACUGGUGCAGAUGAUCGAGGACGAGGAGCAGUGCACCAUCAGCGAGCUCACAUGGCGCGCGUCGUCUCCAUCGGCGCCUGCAACGUGCCGCUCCUCGCCUGUCGAGGGUGACGAGGGCAUCGAUAUGGAGUACGACGUGCCACCGCAAGACGUCGAGCCCAUGGCCGACAUGCCGCAGUGGAAAACUGGCGACCAACGCGACAGCUGCACGCGCGUCGCCAGGACUGUGCGCAUGCGCAAGCGGUCAGGGCAUCGAGUCGAGAAAAGGAGGUCAUCGUAG